UGCAAGGAAGUGUUCAAGUUUUGGUCCUCCAGUGCACAGUGGAGCUGAUACCAGUGAAAGCAAAAGUGAGACUUUAAGGCCCACAGUACAUACAUACAUAUAUGUAGAUGGUGGAUGCAUGUGUUUGAGGAGUGUGUUUAUUCAAGUGUUUGACGUUGGGUUGGCCAAGUGGAUUUCUAUUUUAGCGCCAAUGAAAGGCAGCGUGUGAAGGCCUGUUGUUGGGGCACUAGCUGUCGCCGUCGCCGUCGCCUCUGUGCUGUGGCAUUCAAUUCUAUUGCAGGCGUUGCAUGCUACUGGCGUUUAGGGAGUGCAACUUGUGCACGCUUUAAAAGGCGGCACGGAACAUUGAGACAUUUUGGUAAAGUGCUUAAAGGUUCUGCUCUGCCUCCUCGCCCUGGCAGCUCAAUGACAAGCGAUAGAUUGUGCAGACUAGUGCAUUGAGUGAUUGACAAACCAAAGACAGCAAGAAAGAGAGACUCUUGGCAAGUGCAAUCUGAUAUUUGGCCAACUUGUGUGCGGGCCGAAGGAAGCAGGCAGGCAGCUGGAUCAGGAAGUUACAGCCAUGUGGAGCAGGCAGCGUAUUCGGCAUAAGCCGCUUUGGGCCCUAAUAUCCUUGACCGUUUUGCUGCUGGUCUUCGAUAAAAGCAAUGCCAACACGGAGACCGAUGAGACCAUGAGCACAUCGGAGCCAGAUGCUUCUCCUGGCUGUCGGGCGCUGGAUGUGCGCUUCACGAUUGUCAAGCCGGAUGAGACCACGGAGCAGCCGUAUGUCAAGUUCGAGACGACUCAGGUAUACCUGCCCGAGGACUUCACCACCGCCGAUGUGGAGUUUGUCGACUCGGUGGCCCGCAAUCCCAGCGAGAACCACGCAGCCAUUGUGAAUCCCUACUCCCUGGACCUGGGCGAUGAGCCGCAUGUUGGAGAUGCGGCUGCCAGCCUGGUGGACGACGAAGACGAGCUGGAUGACGAGGAGGAGACGGGCACGGACACCGAGGAGGGGAAAAAGCGCACGAACAACAUCCGCAAGCAGGGAAAGAAGCCUCGCUCCGGCUCCGGGCGACGGCGCCGUAUUGAGAAUGACAAUGGACAGACGGGACGGGGCCGCGGCAGUCGAUACAAGCGGCAUGCCAUUCUCCAUGAUGCGGAUGCCUCGUCGGACACGGAUCGCUGGGCCGGCAGCAAGCUGGCCGCCGAGGGGGAUGUCUACUACGUGCACAUUGCCGACAUCCUGAAGAGCCGCGAGCCGAGUCGGGCGCUGCGCUCCAAGCUGCACAAGCUCAAGCAGAAGGCCAAGAUGCGGAAGUGCCUGGCGGAGGGCGACAAGGAGCAGUGCGCCAAGCUCAAGGCAAAGAAGAAGAACAGGCUGGAGCAACCCUCCCCCUCCAAGUCCAAGGCGGAGCAGAAGGUCGAACGGAAGGCGGAACAGCAGCAGCCAGAAGUGGAACGAAAGAAGGAAGAGCAGCAGCAGCAGCCGCUGGAGUUGGAAAUGGUCCAGCCAGAGACCACUGGCCAUCAUCGCCGACGCGGUGACAGUCACGAUGCAGAGCUCGACCAGCGUGACCUGAAUCCGCGUUGGCGCAGCCGUCGCAGCGUCGAUGCCAAGGGCGAUCUUGGCCAGCUGCAGCUGCAGGCGGCGGGGACGGCAGCGGAGCCGGAGGCAGAGGCGGAGGAUAACCAGUCCCAAUAUGGCUACGAGAAUCAGUCGAGCAGUGCAGCAGUGGCCCUGCAACGUGUAAAGCGCAAGUCGGGCAAGACCACGGGUGCACUGAGCCGUCCGAAAGGUGGUGGCGACUCCAGUUCCAAGACCACCAGUCGCAAGGACAAGGGCAUCUACGACGAGGAGGCCGGCUACUCGCCCGUCCAUCCCGACGACACCGAGUUCGACGAGGACGAGGAGGAGGAAGAGGAGGUGGACAUCCUGCAGCAGUUUACCGAGGUGUCCGAGAUCCGAUUCCCGGGCGAGAUUGGGCCCAUGGGCGAUCGUCGGCUCUGCAAGAUACGCUGCGUCAAGGGCAAGUGGGUGGGACCGCUGUGCGCCACCAACGAGGAGGAUGAUAACGGGUAUGUGAAGUUUCAGCCCCUCUACAAGAGCUGCCACGUGAACCGGAUACCGUCGCAUCUGCUGCUCAGCUAUCGGAACAUCUCAGUGAACGUUGGCUGGGAUCUGCCGCAUGGACACUCGCUGCAGGCCCGCUGCCAGGAACUGGGCAUAUACAAGCUGCUCGGGGAGUCGCGGGUCCUCUGCUCCAACGGGCUGUGGGCCCCCCGUAUGCCCAGCUGCGUCCCCACCACCGUGCUGACCAACUACUCGGAAGACAGUGCCCCGUCCAUCCGCAUCAAGAUCUUCAAUGGCUCCCACUCGUUCGAGCCCUCCGGCGUGAUGGCUGUUCCACCACACAGUGUUGUUCUGAUGGACUGCAUGUAUCCCCGGGUGCGGGGAACCCCCGAGUGGAGCUGGACCAGCUGGUACAUGCAGUACUCGACAUGCUGGUCGCCGGCGCAGGAGGAGAAGGCAGUACGCUACCGGCUGAGCAUCAAGAAUAUCGAGAACAACGACUCCGGUACCUUCACCUGCACGUCGCCGCGCGGACUGACGAACAGCAUUGCCGUCGUGGUGGCCACUUCCACGUGCCCGCAGCUGACAGAGCCGCUGGCGCCGCUCAAGCUGCGACUGGAGGGCAACAAGCUCGGCCAGCGAGCACUUUACGAAUGCCCCGAGGGCUUCCGGCUGGAUGGAGCCUGGAAUGCCACCUGCCUGGCCUCCGGCAAUUGGUCAUCGCCGCCGCCAACAUGCCACUCCAUCCAAUGUCCGCGCCUCGAACUCGACGAUCCCCAUCUCAGUCUCAUUGAACUCAACACCUCGGCUUGGGGGCGCGCGGUGUUCAAAUGCCAGUGGGGUUUCAAGUUGACCGGACCGGCGCAGCUGGACUGUGAGCCGACGGGCGUCUGGAGUGGCCCCGUUCCGCGUUGCAAAGUCAUCCAGUGCGUGAUGCCAGUGGCGCCGCUCAACGGACGCAUCGGUGGCACCAGCCUCAGUCAGCGGCGGCUGACCGUGGGCGCUCUGGUCACAUUCAGCUGCAACGAUGGGGACACCCUGGUGGGCGAGUCGAGCAUCAUUUGCACGGAGAACGGAUUCUGGUCGCACUCGCCGCCAUUUUGCAAGUCGCAGUGUCCGUAUCCCGGCGAUCCGCCCAACGGUCUGAUAGCUCCGCUAAAAUUCAAUUACGAUGCGGGCGACUAUCUGAGCGUCCAGUGCCGCCCCGGCUUUGUCCAGACCAACGAGGACCACCGGAACACGGGGCCGCCGGAGCGGCCGAAGUGUCAGCCCGAUGGCAAUUGGUCAGGCCCGCUCCCAAAAUGCCGCAGCUACGAGGAGGUGUAAAGAUAGAGCAUCCGACGCCAUUUUAUUGACACUCUUGGAUCGAGUUGGCAGACCUAAUUUAGUAUUAUGAACACCCAUCCAACGUGAAUUGAAUAAUGAGAAUGUGCUAGAAAAAUUCCAAAUUCAAACAACAUGAAGAAAAACCAGAACGAUAA